UGGUCUGGCAGGGAUGGGGGCCAGGAGGGUGGGAUUGGGGACCAGAGUGCUGCUUACGUUCAAGCUUGCACAAGAGCCUGCUCCUGCUCCAAGCUGGUGCGUGCGCCUCAGCCCAGAGAAUCAGUUUUGGGACCCUUCUGUCACCUCACCUCCUCCUGGGAGCCUGCUCUCGUUGCUUCACCUCCUUUCCUGAGGCUCGGUGUGUCAGCAGGAGCGAAGCCUUGUGCAGAUGUCUUAGGGGCGUGCUGUGGGGAGGGGCAUAGCCCCUGGGGAUGCAGAACUCCACACCCAGAUUCCUCAGCUCGGAAAACCAGGAAGAAGACAGUCUUGUGAACCAAGAAACCAUCCCAGAGUUGCCUGAGGCCGUGCUGCCCUGGGGACCAUGUUUAACGGGGAGCCUGGUCCAGCCUCGGCUGGGUCAUCCAGAAAUGUGGUGCGGAGCUCCAGUAUCAGUGGUGAAAUCUGCGGUUCCCAGCAGGCCGGGGGCGGGCCUGGGACUACCACGGCCAAGAAGAGGCGCAGCAGCCUGGGUGCCAAGAUGGUGGCCAUCGUGGGCCUGACCCAGUGGAGCAAGAGUGCACUGCAGCUCCCCCAGCCUGAAGGGGCUUCCAAGAAGCUGCGCAGCACCAUCCGACGGAGCACAGAGACUGGCAUUGCAGUGGAGAUGCGGAGCCGAGUCACGCGCCAGGGCAGUCGAGAGUCCACCGACGGGAGCACAAAUAGCAACAGCUCCGAUGGCACGUUCAUCUUCCCAACCACCCGGCUUGGAGCUGAAAGCCAGUUCAGCGAUUUUCUGGAUGGACUGGGACCAGCCCAGAUAGUGGGUCGACAGACAUUGGCUACACCCCCCAUGGGAGAUGUACACAUUGGCAUCAUGGACCGGAGUGGCCAGCUGGAGGUGGAAGUGAUUGAAGCUCGGGGUUUGACCCCCAAGCCAGGCUCCAAAUCCCUCCCAGCUACCUAUAUCAAGGCUUACCUGCUGGAGAAUGGGGCCUGUAUGGCCAAGAAGAAGACAAAGUUGGCCAAGAAGACCUGCGACCCCCUGUACCAGCAGGCUCUGCUCUUUGACGAGGGGCCCCAGGGCAAGGUGCUGCAGGUGAUUGUCUGGGGAGACUACGGCCGCAUGGACCACAAGUGCUUCAUGGGCAUGGCCCAGAUCAUGCUGGACGAGCUGGACCUGAGCGCCGCGGUCACCGGCUGGUACAAACUCUUCCCCACCUCUUCCGUGGCUGACUCCACACUUGGAUCCCUUACCAGGCGCCUGUCCCAGUCCUCCCUGGAGAGUGCCACCAGCCCCUCGUGUACCUAAGGACCCUGCUCAGGAUGAGAGGCUGAGGGCGGUGCAGGAAGGGAACCUGCUGGCCCGCCACCCUCCUGUACAUAGUCUCCAUGUCUCUCUAGACCCUCGGCCCUGCUGCAUGCCUGUUGGCUACUGGGCUUGUCCCAGCUGGCAGUGGAGACUGUAGUGUGUGUGUGUGUGUGUGUGUGUGUGUGCGCGCGUGCGUCUGUGUGUGACCACAUUAUAUCUGUUCAUCUGUCUGGUACGGUCAGUCCUGGUGACCAUGUGGACUGAAAUCCAUGUCUCUGUAUCUGAUUGGAAAGAAACCCAAAGGAGUGGACAUGAUUCACCCCCAGGACCUCCAGAGGUGGAAGUGGGGGAUGCGGCCACUGGUGACCCUGUCUGCCCCCGCCCCCAGGGCCUCCUGUUGGUGGUCUCUACUUGGUUUUCUGUCUUGUCUUUUGUUCCACACUUUGCCUCUCCCAGCACUGCUGCUCUUUUUUGAGGAAUGUAGCCUCUACUGCAGCUGGCCACCCCUGGGCUCCUCUGGGAACCCCUGUCUCUCUUCCCUGCCCGAGCUACUCUGGUGGCUCCUCACUGAAUGCAGUGUGCAGCAUGCCGCAUGCUCACCCAGUGCCCUGGUCAGGGCCCCAGGGAGGCAGAGGGUGCCCAGGGAGCAAGGGCUUUGAGAGUGUUUCUCCCUGGGGUUGGCACUACCUCCUUUCAGACAGAUACAGUAGGGUUUAGUUUCAGGGGUGCUGACCAGACACCCUAGAGGGAACUGUAGGGGCUUCCCUUGGCAUUUGCUCAUGGUCUCCUUCCUCCCUGCUGGCGCUCCCCCCCCCACAACAACAUGCCAAAGGAGCUCUCCUGGUGGGCCCAGAAGGUUGCCUCAGAGGGGAUCUCUGCUAAAGCAGGCAGCCCUCCCCAGGUACAAAGGGUAGCCCUGUCUCCUGUGCUUAUCCCAGGGGGCCAUGGCACAGGAAGAGGUGCCAUGGGUAGGGUUGCUUGCUGGAAUAAGGAGGGCUACAGCAGAUUUGUUCAGAGCCACCGCCGAGAAUCCUGGCUGACCUAGGGAUUAGAUGCAUGAGGCUGUUCAUUUGGGGCUGUUUCCUUCGCUCAUUUACAGACACAGGUCCCGUCUGGAGUUCAGGCACACUCAGGCUGUAGCCUCCUGUCUUGUGAGAAACUUGGCUCUGAACUCAAGGGUGCCACUGUCACCAGCUCUGUACAAGCAAUACUCAUAACCUUGGCCUCUCUGCCUUUCUCGUGUGCCUGUUCUGGGUCCCCAACCCCCACCCCGCCUUCCAGCUGCCUGUGCUUGAUUCCCACCUUGUCUGGCUGGAGUUUCUCCCAGCUGCUCUGAACCCUUGUCAUGGGGACCAGUGCCUGGGCUGGGCCCCGAGAUGGCUGCUGGGAAUCCUGAAGUCUGGCUCAGGCAUGCCACCUCCGUCUUUCCUUCUUAGCUCCAGGGUAAAAGGCAAGGAUGCCUGGGAGAUGGCAAAGCAGCCCGAGGCCUGUGUCUGGUAGGAGGAAGGUAGUGUCAGGAGGGGACAGGGUAUGGAGAAAACUCUGUCUCUUGCCUGUCCCCAAGGACAUUCAGCAAGGAGUCCUACCAGGAUAGCAGUGGAGAGCCUCUGCCUGAGUGUGUAGAUUCCUUUUGUACCAAAGCUGGGGUGUGGAGAGAUGGUAAAGGCCCUCUCAGCCUCAGGCAAAACGUGGGUGAGGGAAGUGAACAAGCCCGUCCUCUGUCCUUACAUUUUCAGAGAAGAGGAGCCCGUCUGUGUACAUGGGAGGGAAGGAAGUGGUCAGGCUUUCUCUUUAGAAGUUCUCUCUCCAUCCUUCUUGGACUGGGGAAUGCAUGUAUCCAUGUCCCUAAAAAUGGGCAAAGGACUGUGUACUUUUUGACCCUAGUGAAGGGGCCAGAGAGGGAGCUGGCUCACAGGUGUUUUAAUCUCACUUGUGAUAUAUUGGCUUCUAAAGCAGUCCCCUGCCAGACGGUGUGAACAGACCCUUGGAGUGGGGGCGUGGUGGUGACCCCCGGUAACGCAGACCUUUGCUGACAGGACACUGAAUCACUCCCAGACAGAAGUGGGGGCUGUCAACACCCUUGUGUCUCUAGAAACCCAGGGAAGUACUUGGAGAAUGGAGGGGUUGCCAGCAGACAGUCCUGGGUAGCUCUAGGCCUAGGCCUUGGUGGCCCUUGCAUUUGAGGAACAUCAGUACAGAGGACAUUAGCCAGUGGAGGGGCAAGAUAUGCUGGAAGCUUGGGCUGACCUGCCUACAAUCAUUGGCUAUAAACUACCCAGGAGAUGGGCACAUCAUUGUUUCCCCUUUGAGAUGGAAACAACUCCCCCAAACUUGAUCUUGGGGGAGUAUUCUUUCUAACCCUUUACGCCAAAUGAGUUACUAAUCCCACUGGGAUUUUCCCUUAGGAGGGUGAGGCUGUGUGAGGCCUAUGUGUCUGUGUGAUGAAGGGUACUGGAUUUAGGGGGGUUUCUCAGCACCCUGGUUGCAGGCCUCCCUUGAGAAGCCACUUUGCAGCUAGCCUCUCCCAGAGGAGGAAUCUGUCCAGGUGUGACUCCUGAGCCUAGAGAGAUCUGUCCUUUGAGGAAAGGACAAUGGGGAAGGAAGGAACUUGGCACUUCUGAGUCCCCCUACUGUGUAGUGACCGCACAUGCUCUACGGUCCACGUGAGACAUGGCCGUGCUCGCAGUCAAGGCUUCUGGCUGCUCUUUCUUCUUGGUCCGGCCAGGCUCAUCGGGGCUGUUGGACAGGAGAGGCCCUCAGCGGUGCUGGGCUGUGGGCAGGAGCGGUGACAGAUGACUCAGAGCAUCCGUGUUCAUGUUUCUACCCGGCUCGGGCUGUCUCACUUUCCACAUAGACUCCUUCUCUAUGGGGAAGUUUGCAAAGGGCCUUUGGUAUGAAACAGGCUCCAGGAAAUGGGCCAAGUCUUGGUUUGACAAGGGGGACUUGAUCCUUCAGGGAAGAACCAGCUCUGACAGUCCAGCCUCUUCUCCACCCAGCUUGGUUAGGGAAGAGCACUUAGGAAGCUCUUGGGAUCCAGCAGGUCCCAGCAACGCCAGCAUUUCAUGGGGCUGAGACAACUGAGAAGAGCCCCGGAGAGGGGGCACUUGGAUGGACCCUCACUUGGGGAAUCACUGCCUGUUGGAGCACUGGGGUCAAGCCUCUCCCAGAGGCUAAUUCCCACCCCCCAGGGCCGCGUGCCUGAGCUCCUUACUGCCAGCCUCCAGGAGAGCAGCAGCCUCCAUUUUUAAAGACAAUUGAGCCCUCCCAGGGCACUUCUUUGGAAAUGAAAUGUAGCACAACCCUAGACUGCAUUACCAGAAGCCCUGACACAUUCAGGGGCCUCACUCCAGGCCCGGCUGCCCAGGAGAUGCGGAGCUUCCCUCCCCCUGGGGCUCCAGAGCUCCUAUACCUCACGUUCCCCAUCACCCUGGCCCAGAAAGCAGCGGCGCCUUCGUAAGGCUGCUCUGCUGUGAUUCUCUUGAUUGCUUCCAGCACUGCGCACACUGUGCAAGAAACGCUGCCUUUGCCUGAUGUUGUGUGAGUUGCUCUCCGCCGGGGUGGGGAGACAUGGAACUUCCCGCAGGGACCCGAAUUUUGUCCGGCAGCGGCUACGGGCGGGGAGGCGGAGAAGGAGAGAUCCGCUUCCCUGCCUUCUUCCUUUCUCUUCCUCACCUCAGACUUAUCAUCCUGACACACACAGAGGUUCUCUAGCAUCUUCUCCCUCCUGCAACAUCUUUCACCAGAUGAGCAGAGCAGAGGUAGAAAAUGUAGGCUUGUCCCCUGUUUUCGCCCUCCGGUCUGCUUCUUGGCCAAGUCAGAAGCGAUUGGCAGAUCAGUCAUCAGCAAAGAGCAGGGGAGCCCUGUACAGUUAGAUGUGGCCUGUUGGCAGCUGAAUCAGCCUGGCCUGGUUGAAAAAGGGUUAUUUUUGAAAGAGUGCCUGAGCAUCUCAGAGCAAUGUCAGUGAUGCCAAAGAGAGCCACUCGGCCUCCCCUGGGCACCAGCUGUACCGGUGGAGCUGCACGCAUGCAGCUCAGGUGUUGGCAUGCCCAAGGGAGGGUCCUUGUUCUCUGACAAAGGGCUUAAUCUUUCCAUGUAGCAAAGCAACUUCCCCUUCCCCAAACCCUGAGUGUGGGCUUCCUUCCGUGUGCCCAGCCUGGCUGUGCCUGCGAGGAAGCUUCAGCGGCGAGAGGCCCGUGCCUCUUCCCUGGGGCCUAGUCUGGCUUGGGCAGGCGCUUGUUGAAAAGCGUGAGUGCCGCUGCUUUGGAGAAACCUGCCAGGGCUAUGGCUGGACACUUGCCAGGAAGAACAGGUCCCUGGGCCUCCUGAGGAGUCCACACUGAUGCCAGGAAGGGUCCCUGGGCUCAGGUUCCAGACCACUGGGUUUAACAGAAAUAGGGCCUGGGAAUUCCAGGGACAACUGAGCAUCUGCCCCAUUAGCCAAUGACCUGGAUAGAGAUGGCUUGUUCUGUAUCUUUUUUUUUUUUUUUUUGCCAGAAACUGUGACCUUGUGUAAGAUUCCUCAUGGGGCCUCAGCUUCCCCACCUGCAAAAUCAAUCAGAGCAUCAGCUAAUUGCUCCAUGGUUCCCUCCAGUUUUCAGAAAUAUCUGAUCUGGAGCUUUUGAGGGUGGCAAGCCUGGUGCCCAGUGCCCACACUGGACACAGGUACUCAUUUGGCCCAUGCCCAGCUGCUGCUGCUGACAAGAACUCUGGGAAUCCUCAUAGACUCUGCUUCACCUCUAUGGUCCGCACCCCCUCCUCACUCUGACUCGCUGAGGCAUAACCAAGACGCUGUCUGUCUACAGCCGACAAGUUCAGGUGCUGGCGAUGCCACACCCUCAGCUGCAGCCUGAGUAGGUCCCCAGUCCCCACCAGCAGAUGAGUGAGGCUGGGCCAUUGCUCAUUUCUGCUUCUACAUGACUGCACUGGGAAAAGUGAAAGAUGAGAAUUUUUUUAAGGAAAUUCUCUCGGGUGGGUUGAGAGAGGGAACACCUUUCCAAGUAUUUUGCAUUGAUAAAACAUUCCUCCCUCCAAAAUGUCUGUUCCCAGACAUCAUCUCAGAAGGCAGAGUGGCUGCUGCUUCAAGAAAAGCGGGCCUGAGAGUUUUAUCCACUUGUCCUUUAGUAUGCAAACUCCCAGAAAGCAGUGACUGGCCCCUCCUUUUUUUUAAAAAAGAAUUUCCAAAUGCAUCCUGCAAGAACACAUAGCUGUUAGGGACUGACAAGCACUCUGUUUGGAUAAGAAGCAAUUUGCCUUUUACAUCUGUGCUCUAUACAUUUUUCUACGUGCAACAUCUUUCCCCACUUGUGGUUCCUGGGUGGCAGGUGGACAGCUGGGAAGGAGAGCACCAGCUGUUUGCUACAACAUUCUUGCCAGUUCCCUUGAGGAGAAAAUUCUUCACACGGCUUCUGCAUGUACAGUAUUUGGGCAGCAAAAGGAAAAAAAAAAACAACCUAUGAUUAAAGUCCAUUUGAAAUUGA